UCAGCCAUGGCCUGUACACAACUAGAUUAUUUACUUCUGGGGUACAUGGAGGAGUCUCUAGCAGGUAUAGAGUUCAAUGCACGAACUACAAUUGGAUAUGUACGAGAUAAUUCGGCGUUGGGAUUUAGCAUAUCGUGGACUUUUACAGUUGAAAACUUUGUAGCGUUAGAAGGAUUAUACGGCAACACCGCGUACAAUAUAGUAUGGGCAUUUGCAGAUAUAAUGAACACUAACAAAGAUCUGUUGGAGUUAAAUGCCUUCGGUGAUCUAUAUAGCAAUAUGCCAGAUGUCAACGAUUUCAACGAUGCUGUUAAACGAGUUGAACUAAAUAUAGGCUGGAUGAAUAGAAAUGAGGCAGACAUCGAUGCAUUCCUGGGAUCAUUAUAAAAUAUGUUAUAUGACCAAAAUAAUAAAAUAAAAGUGUAAGAAUAAAUA